AUGACUGCUCCAACCGAGCCGACCGAGCUGUUACACUACAUACCGCAGCAUCGCGUGCUCAUAUGUAAGGCGUGCCAAUAUGCGAUCCAGCCUUCUGCCAUUUCUCGCCACCUGAAGGAGAUACACAAGAUAUAUCGGUCUCGCCGGCAGAGGUACUUCAAUUAUACCGAUCAGCUUAAUCUCGCCGAACCGGACCAUGUCGUUCUUCCUGGGGCUGACGAGGGCCCUGUCCCUUUCUUGCCCGUCAUCGAUGGCCUUGCCUGUGAGGCCAGCGGUUGUCACCACCUCUGUGCCUCAGGGAAGCGGAUGAAGAUGCACUGCAAUAUCAAGCAUCGUGGAGUUACAGUGGCGGAUCUCAAGGGCCGACCAGUUCGGCUGCAGACCUUUUUCCGGGGCAACAAGUUGAGAUACUUUGUAGUGUACGAGUCGCAAAGACACACUCCUCCUGAACAACACGCAACUGUCGAAAACAAGGAGGUCACUUCCCCCACGACCUCGCCAAGCUGCGGCCUUCAAGAAGUCAAGCUCCUCAAGCACUUCCAAGCCUCUUUAUCCCGCGAAUUCGCAUUCGACAUAACUAAUACGCUCGAUUGGGAUACAACGCCACCAGACGUAUUUCCCAGGCAUGCUUUCCUCAAACACGGCAUUCUCUCCUAUUCGGCGUUGCACCUCGCAUUUCUCAACCCCUCAAGGCGUCAACGGUACCGUCUCUUAGCAGCCCACCACCAGAACAUUGCCCUCCCAUGCUUCCGCUCCGCGGUGCAGCAUCCCACUGUCGACAACUGCGUCUCGCUUUUAGCCUUUACGCAGCUUCUCAUAAUGCACUGCUUGGCCGCAUCGCAGGAUGACGAUAACUGCGACCUCCUGCUCGUACAAGGGCGUAACGACCCAUUUCCGGACUGGCUGCAGGUUAUCCGGGGCACUUGCCACAUAUUCAAACCAGUAGAGGGCUACAUCCGAACGCUCCCCAUUACCUUGAUGAUCGCCGAAGAUGAUCACCGAAGCGCAGUCUCCGCCAAGUCCUAUUGUGACCCACGACUCUACGAGCUCUUCAAUAUAAUCAAUCCUGACGCAGCAAAACAAGCAGACGAGCCAUUUGAAGUUGAUCACUCCACCCUGCUAUCGGCGCUGACUCUCCUCUCGAGUGCUUUUUCCAAGGUACACGAAGCCCAAGCGCGGAAGAACUACUCGUUGUGUGUAGCAUUAAAUGUUUGGGCGGCGCGAGUUCCGGAUGCUUACCUAGAGCUUGUGAAACAGAGGCAUCCCGUCGCGCUUAUAUUGUUGGCGCAUUAUUGCAUAUUGCUUCUACCGCUCGAGGGUUCCUGGUACAUGAAUGGUUAUAGUAAGAGACUGAUCACUCGCAUUUACGGUCAGUUAGAUGAACAGUGGCGACCAUGGUUACAGUGGCCGUUGGAGGAAGUCGGAUUGUAG